GAUUCAAUUAGUUACCUUAUCUUAUAUCUUCGAAUAGAGAUAACAUCAAUCAUCAUCAACAUGGAUGAUCAAGCAUGUCCAAGAUGCAAAACCACGAAAUAUCGAAAUCCAUCAUUGAAAAUGAUGGUGAAUGUUUGUGGUCAUUCAUUAUGUGAAAGCUGCGUGGAUUUACUCUUUUUAAAAGGUUCCGGAGCUUGUCCAGAAUGCAAAAUUCCACUGAGAAGAACAAAUUUCCGAGUUCAAAUGUUUGAAGAUACAAUGGUCGAAAAGGAAGUGAAUAUAAGGAAGCGUAUCCUGCGAGAUUUUAAUAAAAAAGAAGAAGAUUUUUCUACGUUAAGGGAGUAUAAUGAUUACUUGGAGGAAAUUGAAACUAUAAUAUAUAAUUUGGCAAACAAUAUUGAUGUAGUUGAAACAAAUAAAAAGAUAGAGCAAUAUAAAAAAGAUAACAAAGAGCAAAUAGCAAGAAGUAAGUCCAAACUUAACAGAAGCGAAUAUGAAUUAGAGGAGAUGAUAGAGUUAGAAAAGCAAAAAGAGGAGGAAAGGAAGAAAGAACUUGUGAAAGAAGAAAUAGAAAUAAAAAAGAAGAAAAUUCGCGAUAAACAAGCUCUGAUAGACGAAUUAACAUUAUCUGAUGCAGAUGCAAACAAUAUCAUUGAAACUUUCCUUGCAGUACAAAAAAAGAAGGAGAUAAAACCUUCUGUUAAAGCUACUCAGUUUAGUACAGGAAUUAAAUUUAGUAACCAAGGAAAUCAAAACUAUUUAUCAGUGCCAAAAAUAGAAGAGGGUCCUCUCUAUUCUUAUACACCUAUUCGACAACAAAUAGAAGGCCCAUCACCACCGGGCUGGCGAGAAAUCCAAGCUCGUGGAUAUGUUUCACAUGUACGUAGUGAAUGUGAGGUUGACAGAGCAGGUGGGUUUAAGGCACAUGUUGCAUGCCUACGAGCAAUGCAGGAAGCAAUGGCUGGCUUGUACCAUAAUCCUUCGCAAAGACAGGCAGAGUUUGCGACUGUAUGACUACAUAAAUUAUUUUCAAACAACGAAUAUGAUAAUGUCUCUGAUUGUUUUUAUUCUUUGAUAAAUACUAAUUUAUUAAGUCAUUAAUUUAAGAAUUGUUUUUGUUUAUGGCGUGUAAUAUCAAUUCAAAAUUUGAUGCGACUGUGCCUUGAACAUAAUUUAUUGUUUAUAUUUAUAUAUGAAACAUUAUAUUAAAUUAUCAAAGCAUUUUUUAUAAUCAGAGAUAAUUUUUCCGUUUAAAUGUAUAAUGUGUUCUAAAAUAAUAUUAAUUUUACUAGAAAAUAAAGAUAUAAAUCAUAUGAUACAAAAUAUAUAUCAUUAAGUUUAGAAUAUACAUUUCUUUGUACAGCCAAAAGGAUAGCAGAGAUAUUUCUUGAUGAAAAUGUAUUAUAUUAUUGUUUAUUAGUAAUAAUAACGCAAAAAUAACAAUAAUAAUCUCAAAACAAUAGAUAAAAAUGUAUUUAUGAAUAAACAAAAAAGGAAAAGAGAUAGUCUGCAUAUAUAUGUAUAUAAAUAUAUGUAUAUUAUUACGAAAAAUAUAAUUCUACAAA